CGCCCCGCCUCCGUCGCGUCAGUCGCCGCUUCCUCAGCGGUCUACUGCCUGCUGAGCCCUGAGCUCCUCGGUCUCUCGGUGGCGGGCGCCCUGUCGGAGCGGGCGCGGCGGAGCGGGCGGGCCAGCUCGGAGGCCAUGGCGGCCUCGGCGGCCUCGCACCGGCCCAUCAAGGGGAUCCUGAAGAACAAGGGCGUCACCGACGGCCCGUCGGGCCUGCCCCCGCCCGCCGCCGGCUCUUCCGCGGGCCCCGGCUCCGCGGCCUGCGACGAGGACUUCGGCAAGAAAUCCCAGAAGUGGGAUGAAAUGAAUAUCCUAGCAACCUACCAUCCAGCAGACAAAGACUAUGGUUUAAUGAAAAUAGAUGAACCCAGCACUCCCUACCACAGUAUGAUUGGCGACAAUGAUGACGAUGUCCUGAGUGACUCAGAAUCGAAUGAAACCCUGCUCCCAGAAGUCCUUGCCCGGAAGUUGUCGGCUGCCGAAGGCUCUGAACCAAAGUUUCUCAUUCAUGAUAAUGAAAGUAGUGAAGAGGAAGAUGACCUGACGCCCGAAGAACGAGAAAAAAGGCGUCAGUUUGAAAUGAAGAGAAAACUGCACUACAAUGAAGGGCUCAACAUUAAGCUGGCGAGGCAGCUCAUUUCCAAAGAGCUUCGGGGGGACGAAGAAGACGAGGACGAUGACACCGAAAUGAAACCUGGCAGGAGCAGUGAGCGCCAAAGCCAGUCCGGUGUUCCCUAGAAGAGUUUGGGGUGGCGGCUCCAGACCUCUGCUCCUUCACUGCUUCACGGUCUCCGCACUUCACAGCUUAGGUGUCGAAAUGAAUAUCAGUGUGUCACCAAGAACGUUAAAAUGGUAACAUGAGAAAGCACGACCUUUGUGGGGGGGGGCGGCAGCAAAGGUGGUGCAAAGAACUUGUGCCUAGCGCCUGCCUGAGAAGACUGCUGUCCACACUGGCAUUCCUUUCCUAAGAGCACUGGUUAGUUGGGGUAGGGUUUAAUCACUUUGUGUGCUUUAAAAGGUAAACAGCAGCUUUUCGUACAGUUCAAGAGUGGUAUAUCACGUGUAGAUUUUUUAAAAACCCAAAUGGUAUAGCAGGUGACAGGCUGAUAAAGUCUCAUCCUGAUUAGGGGUAGUAACUUUUUUUUUUCUUCAACUGAAAAAGGGAUUCUUUUAGCAAAAGCUCUUCUGUAGCUCUACCUGAUCUAGCAACUUUAAAAUUCUUCUAUUUUCCCUUUAGACCUUGAAAGGAAAGCCUGGCAUUUUUUUAAUCUCUUCCAAAGUAGCUGUUUUCCCAGAAGCGUUUUCAGGUUCAGUUUGCACUAACCCCUGGCCUCCUAUCCUUUUGUACACUCUAUGGGCAGAUUUGAAAUCAGGUGGGGUUUUUUUUUUUUGAGUGGACACAACUCAGUAAUCUCCCCACCCCUUCCAUGCCACCCUGUAUAACAGUCCACCACAUACAUAUAAUCAGCAGGUCCUUGAGAUUCGAUUUUCAAUAUGGUAGGAACUGGUCUUAUGUAGACUGCUCAAACACUUAGCAUGGUAGUAAUUUGUGAGUAACCACAGUGGCUGAUCAGGGUUUCUGGUCUGCCUGGGCCGCGGGUGGAACUGCCUUUGGUCAUGACAGGCUUCACAAGAAAAUCAUUCAAGAACUUAGCUGAAGAAAUUGUUCUUCCCCCAGCCCAUCAGUCGAACUGCUGUUGAGCUCUUUUUCUUUUUUUACUUCAAUAGAUCCUAGGAAAUCCAAACUUCAUUGAUUGCAUGACUAGGAAAGGAUUGUGUGAGGUGAUUUGGUGUAAUUCCCAGACCGUACUCAGUCUUGACAUGAGACGAGCAUCAGUAGGGCCUGCUUCAAGAGUUACCACUAAAGCCACAUGUGCUGUCAUCUUCUGAGGGCGAAAAUACUUGAGUUUUCUCUGCAGUGGAGGAUAAAUCCAGUGUGUUUUUUGGCCUGGUGACCGCUUAAUUUGUAAUCAAAUAUCUAUAGGUUAAAUUUGAUCCUUUUGAAAGCAGACUUUCCAUUAUAUGGAUGUACUUUUAACAUUUUUUGUGUAUCUUGUAUAUAUGAAAUAACUUUAUUGAGCAGCUUAACUAUUGAAACAUCGGUGAGUCAGUAAAACAGUGAAGACUGGUUGCCAUUGGAAAAAUGUGAUACUUCUUUUAAACAUUUUAUGAAACAGAAGUAUUUUUUUACAGUGAGAAUCCAGACAAGACCCUUGAAGCUGCAGUGGCUGCGUCCCAACCAAAGGAAGUCUUGCUGGGAUACCUUCCACUGCUUGUCCCCUCCUUCCUUCCUUUAAUACAGUGGUGUUACGCUUUUUUAAAGCAUUCUAGGUCUGUGGGGAGGGGAGAGGGGAGUGCCGGAGUAAGGGAUCCCUAUCCUUUAUCUCGUUUUUGUGUUCUUAAGAUAUUUUAGGGUUUUGUGUUUAUGUGUGUGUGUGUGUCUAUAUAUCUAUAUCUAUCUGCAUAUAUAUAUAUAUGUACACACACACAUACACACACGAAAACAGCUGCUCUUUGAAGACCUAAUGUAAAGAAAGUUCUUGGGGCUAAAGUAUUAAGAUGACACUUGGCUGUUCUUUAUGAAGGCUGGGAUUCUUUCCUGGAAGCUAUAGGUUUACAAAGUUAAUUGGAAAACCACUUUAUUCUUACCCCUGUCUUCCAAAUUUAGGCAGACAGAGAAGCUAUUCUAUCUGUAAAACAAUACAGAAGACUUCUAUUACUUGGAAUGUGUAUAGUUAAAAUCUGUUGUUAAAUAUGUCAGGACAAAAGUUUGGCCACGUAGUUUGAUGAAGAUGAAGGGACAUUUUCAUAAAGUCCUUGCUGGGUUGCCCACAAAUGGCUAUUACAAAGUUAGUGUCUGAAAAAAUACCUGAUUGUAAAUGUACAAAAACAAAUGACUAAAUAAAAUUUGAAAGACUUCUAA